GUUUUCACUGGCAGCAGAGCUGCUUGUACAUUUGUUUCAGGUUUUACAGGUUUUAUCAUCCAGCAUCUCAAGCUCCACCCUCUCCUGACACACCAGAGAAACCAGGAAGCAUCUGUUCCUCCCUGAAGAGACGCAGGCUGAAAACCAGACGAUCACAUUCACCUUCCAAACCAAACUGAACCAAACCAGACCAGACGUCCUGAGUGAGUCCAGCUACAGGAGAGAAGAGUCAAACUACAACCUGCCGACACUCCACACACUGACCCUUCACCUGGAGACUCAAUGGCUUCCAGAUUAGAAGAGGAUCUCUGCUGUCCCGUCUGCCAUGAUGUCUUCAGAGAUCCUGUCAUUCUGUCAUGUAGCCACAACUUCUGUAGAGACUGUGUGGAGACCUGGUGGAAAGACAAAGAAGUAAAAGAGUGUCCACUUUGUAAGAGAAGACAUUCAAAGGAAUUACCAUCUAACCUGGCGUUGAAGAACCUGUGUGAGACCUUCUUACAGGAGAGAGAUCAGAGCUCUUCACCUGCUCUCUGCAGUCUGCACUCAAAGAAACUCAGACUCUUCUGUCUGGACCAUCAGCAGCCAGUGUGUGUCAUCUGCAGAGAUUCAGAGAAACACACCGACCACAGAUUCAGACCCAUCGAUGAAGCUGCACAACAACACAAGAAGCAGCUUCAGGAAACUCUGGAACCCUUGAAGAAGAAGUUACAGAGUUUUGAACGCGUUAAAGUCGAGUUUGAACAAACAGCAGAACACAUUAAGGUCCAGGCCGGACUCACAGAGACGCAGAUCAAGGAGCAGUUUAAAAAGCUUCAUCAGUUUCUGGAGGAGGAAGAGGAGGCCAGGAUGGCUGCACUGAGGGAGGAAGAGGAGCAGAAGAGUCUGAUGAUGAAGGAGAAGAUUGAGUCUCUGAGCAGAGACAUAACGUCUCUUUCAGACACAAUCAGAACCACAGAGGACGAGCUGAGAGCUGAAGACGUCUCGUUCCUGCUCAACUACAAGGCUGCAGUGGAACGGGUCCAGCAGCGCCCCCUGCUGGAUGAUCCACAGCUGGCCUCAGGAGCUCUGAUGGACAAGGCCAAACAUCUGGGCAACCUGAGAUUCAAAAUCUGGAACAAGAUGAAGGAAGUGGUCUCCUACAGUCCUGUGGUUCUGGACCCAAACUCUGCUCAUCCAGUACUCUUCCUGUCUGAAGAUCUGACCAGUUUGAGACGAGGAGAGAGACAGAAGCUUCCUGACAAUCCAGAGAGGAUUGAUCAAUACCACUCAGUCCUGGGAUCUGAGGGAUUUAACUCAGGGACUCACAGCUGGGACGUCCUGGUUGGAGACAGUACAAACUGGUUACUGGGUGUGUCAGCAGAGCCUGUCCAGAGGAAGGGAGACAAACUGUCUGGAUUAUGGGGAAUAGGGUUCUAUGAAGGUGAAUACUCAACAGAGUCACCAUCAGGAUUCUCUGUUCUCUUUGUGCAGAAGAUCCAGAGGAUCAGAGUGAAACUGGACUGGAACAGAGGAGAACUGUCGUUCUCUGAUCCUGAUACUAACAAACACAUUCACACCUUCACAGAGACUUUCACUCAGAAGAUGUUUCCAAUCUUUAGCACUGUAGAUGAUGAUCAUCACCCAUUGAAGCUGUUUCCUGUGAAAGUCUCUGUGACUCUGGAUCAGAGCCGUUAG